UCUUAAAUGCAGCUCAGCCCGGGGACAGCCAUACGCCCUCCGGAUGGAAAAACUGCGAAGACAAGCCCUCUUCUGCGGGGAAAGUUGACGCCGGUGGCGAAUUCCUGCAAACUCACUGAGCCGUGAACGUUUCGGUUCGUCCACGACGCGAGCGCCUGUUCGGCCAUGGAGUGCGGCCUCUACUGCCAGAUCUGUUGCAACAGAUUUGAAGAGGUGCUUCAUUUUAAAAAACAUAUGACUUCACACAAACAUAAACAGAUGCUUAAAGAUGUUUUCCAAAAAGAACGCAUAAACUGCUCUUACCGGAUACCCUACGUUGUAUUUAUGGGUCCAAAGCGCAAAAAAUUUGACUUUCAGGGAUCGGCUGUUGGCCUGUCUCUGAUCACUCUGUGUUUCAGUCAAAUUCCUGAUUUAAGUUUUUACCUCUGCCAUGUUUGUAAGGAUAAAUACUCCAUGGACACAAUUUUAACCCACACAUUUUCACAAAGCCACUGCUUUCACUACUUUGUAUAUACCAACCCAGAUUAUUUGAGUUUCUCCUGGAAACCCGACAUGGACAUGGCGACCUUUCUGGGGUGGAAGCUCAAAAGGGAAAGCAGAAAAUCUGAGCUUCAAACUUUGCGGUUAUUGCAUUUACCCCCAGUGCUCAUUAAGAAGCUCAUGUCAUCAACCUUCUCAGAAGUGAUGCAAACCUUAUGUGAAAAUGACAAACUUCUCAAGAGGUUUGAAGCUAUGCACCAAAACAGGGUGACUCUUCAAGAUUACCACAGAAACCACAACAGACAGCAUCCGCUUCUUGGACUGCAGCACAUUGUUGAAUGUGUUUCGUUUGAGCCAGAGCAGAAGUCCUACCUCUGCACACUGUGCCAGCUUGUGAUUGCCAGCCACACAAUCAUCGGACAUUUACUGAGCUUUGACCACGUAGAUUUGUAUUUCAAAGCAUGGCAUCCCUCAACGGUGACCUCAAACGAGUCGGACAGCAAUAGUUUCCUGCUUGAUUGUGCAAAGCAAGCUGAGAAAAUUCACGCAGCUGAAAAUGUUUCUGUGCAGCAAGUGAAACUGCAGCCCGAUGUCUUCAAGUCGGUGAAUUUUGAUUCCUAUUCAGAAGCUUUGAAAAGCCUGGAAUCCAUCACAAAGAGAUGCUUAACCAUAAGCAUCAAACCAGGUGAUAAGAUCGAUCAUCAUCCAGUCACUGCUCCUUCAACUAAGGAGGUCAGAUGCUUGAUCCACUGCCAGAACUGCUGUGAACGUUUCUCCAACAUGUUCAGGUAUUUGGAGCAUUUAACAAACGACAAACACAUAAGGAUGAUGCAGGAACUUUCUCAAGAUUGGACAGGACAUUUUUAUGACCGAGGAAAGUUCUAUGUGGACCUGUACACGUACAUCAACGAGUCUUUAAAGAAAAAUAUGCCACCAGUCGGAACAUCGCUGGUUAUGACGUGCCUCACCUCGGUUUCUAAAGAUGACCCAUUUUAUCUGUGCGUCGCCUGUCAGGAAUAUUUUUGUCAGUCUGACAUCCGGAAUCAUUUUGAAUCCCGAAAGCAUCUCAUAAGCACUCAGUUGUAUCAGAAUCCCUGGCUGCUGCCCUUUGCCUGGGAUGGCGACCUGGACAUCAGGGCCCUGAGGUGGACGGCAUGGAAGGAGGAUCAAAAUCGAGGCCGGAUCUUCCUGAAGAUUUUUGACGUUCCAUACUCAGUAUUUCAUUGCCUUGACUCUCAUUACCAACAAGUAUUUCACAGACUUCAAGUGCAAUAUUGUGGUUUUAUGCAUAAAGUUCCACAGAGCAAGACGUACCGCAAAAAUAAACAGAACGAGCAGUUUCCUCUGCUAGGCCAAGAGUUCCUCGCUCUGCACGACGUGGCCGAGGCACCGGACCAGGUGGAGGUGGGAUGCCUGUGUCUGCUCUGUGAAAGGAGAGUAUACAAGGAGGAAAUUGAAGCUCACGUCUUCAGCCGGGAACACGUGUCCACAUUUCUGGACUGUUUUCAUCCGGGCUCACUGACUUCCUGCACUGUUGAUGCUGAAACGCUUCUGGACUUGGCAAAGCAGGCAGCAAAGCUUCACUCUCCGUCAUGCAUGCAGAAAAUUUUCUUGGAUGAACCAGUCCCGGAUUCCUGCAGUUACCAAGAAGCAAAGAUGUUCUUGACAGAUGCAAAGUGGAGAACAGAUAAUGAAGAUCUUGUGCCUCCAAUAAACCCAAUGCGGAAACUGGUUUCCAGGAUCCCUCCAAAACAAACUAAUAAACAGCAAAAGACAGAAGACCAGAAAACAUGCACCGACACUGACACGAAAGAAAAAGGCCCGAAUCAAAAAGAAAAAGGCCCGAAUCAAGAAGAAAAAGGCCCGAAUCAAGAAGAAAAAGGUCCGAAUCAAGAAGAACAAGGUCCGAAUCAAGAAGAACAAGGUAGUGGCAUGGAGGCACUGUCGAGAGAAACCAAAGAGGCUGCAGAAAAAGAAGGAUCUCCAAAAGUGUGUCUGACGGAUUUAAAAAAUGAAGGAGAGACGGUCCUGUCUGAGAAGUUGAGCACAGAAGAGACUAUGACUGAAAACCCGAAGGAGACGGUCGUGGAGAGCCACAAAAAUACAGAAGAGAAUAACAGUGCUCUGAGUAAACCAGAAGGCAGCUCAAGCAUCAAACCAGAAGCAACCCAACAACAAAAAAACAAGAGAAAAACAAGAGACGAAACCAGUGGAAAUGGAUGCGAAAUGAGCCCAAAAAGACGGCUGCUCACCUCCAACGAGUCGUCCACCAAAAUGUCACAAGAAAGUGGCACAAAAGUGAUCAACACAAGUGCAGCUGAUAAGGAGGAGGAUCAUAAGAAGGCGGUGUGCUACUCCAAUGAGCGAGGCGCAGCGCCAGGCACAUCCGAUAAAAAACCCACAAACGACACAGAUCAACAGAAGUCAUCCCUCUCUGAGAACUUCCACACUUCACCUGUUCCCAAAAGUAACGAAGAGCCCGACGACAAGAGGAACGAUGCUGCUUCAAGUCCUCAAAGCACUAACACAAAAUGUAAAGCAGACAUUUCUCCAACCAAAACGAAAUCAUUAACAUCUACUAAAUCUGAAAAACCGAGAGCAGUUCCUUCCACCACUCCAACGAACACAUUGAAAUCCACCGCAGGCCCUUACACACAGAUAAAAACCACCACUUCAAAAACAUCCACUCCAGAGUCCCAAACAGCGUCCAUGGCACCAAAAAGUAAAACGCCAUCUAAAGAAACAUGCAGCGCUGCGUCCUCUUCUGACACAGGAUCCGCGGCGACGCUUAAACCCGAACAUCCUCUCAAAUCCAAAGAUCCAGCAGCACCUAAGAGUAAGGAAACAUCAUCUGCCACUUCUGAAAUGGCUAAACCACAAGGCAUAAACAUAAAUACCAAAUCAUCUGUAAACACAUUGACGGGGAGAAACCCAGACUCUGAAACAGCUGCUCACAAGAGGAAACCGCCGGCCUCUCUUCACCAGAAACCAGAAGAAAUCAAGAAGGUACGGAAAGACCUGCCUCAUGUUGCUUCGAGCAAGACGACGCCUGGCGGAAAUGUUCCUAAAGUUGGAAAGAACUACCUGGUUGUGGUGUCCUGUGAACGAAAGCAGCAGGUCUAUUGUCUGUUGUGUUCAGUCAGACUGAGUGCAUCCAGCCACCUGACGAACUCUGUCCACCAGUACAAAUAUGUGAAAAUGAAAUAUCCUGAAUGGUCUGGGAAUGAGAAGAUGGAAAACGAGUUAAACCGCAUCGUCGAUAAGUUGGCAAAUGUUGACAAAGAGUUGCCUCACACUCAGAUUGUUCAGAGAUUGGAGGUGAAAAAGGAUGCGUACCAAACACUUGGACAACUCCCAGACCACUUGGCUAUAGAAAAAGUGAAAGCACUGGUGAAACAAAGAAACCUGAAGGCCUCACCGUCUCCCUCAGUCGAUAACACAGAGCAACCUUCCCAGGGCAUUUCCAGUCCCUGCGACGUUUCGAGCUCAGGUGAUUGGAUCCCAGCGUUUCACGAUCAAACGUCAGACUCUGCAGAUGGCCAUCAACUCUGGCCAGGCCUGGACCAAGUGUCGGAAGUGGAGUGCGUCGAUGAAGACGCUUUGUCUUCAGGUCGAUCAUUUAGCGAAAAGAGCUCGGAUGAAGAAUAUUUGCAAGUGGAUAAAGAGACCCAGGAUGUAGCCGAGACCAUGCAGGAUCCACAAGUCUUAGAUCAAUGUGCUCAAGCCGACGAUACGGCAGGUAUGCUGGGGACGAUCCUCAAAAGUGCAGGAAGGCGUUGUCCAGCUGAGUUACAGAGACACCAGAGGACAAGUGGCAGAGAUCUAGAAGCACCAAACCUGAUUCAGGAGCACCAACAAUCAAUGACUGACAAGAACAUCAAACCAAAUCCCAUUCCAGACGAUAAAACCGAAGGCGUCGCAGAAACUCCCCAGCUGAAUCAGCUGAAGGUGCAAGAUGACAGUCGGUCUCAUAGAAAAGUCACACUUGUCGUGGCAGGACAGCAGAACCAGUCAAGCCACAAAGCCAAACCAGCUCCUAUACUUCACUCACGAUCUGAAGAGCACAGUUCUUCACAGGCAAUCUCCACUACUUUGACUGGAAAACGUUUUCUACAAUCCAGUGAUUUGCAAAUUUUCCUGACGGCAAGUAAUCAGGAAAAUAAAGUUGUUGGCAGGGCGUAUGUGUUGGAGUGUCGUAGUUUAUAUCAGAAAACCUUCCUGUGUCAAACCUGUGAAGAGAUGCUCUCAUCCCGAGAGAUCUGUCAGCAUAUGGUCAGCCUCAGCCACCAGCUCAAAUACUUGCGGAGGGAGGACCAGAGGUUCCUGGACAUGUUUUGGCUGCAGGAUGACUUACCUCUGGACUUUAAAAAUCAGAUUUUAAUGAAUGUUAUCCAAGCACUGUCAAAGCGGGAGAAGGCUCUUAAUGUUGAACUAAAGUGCAUAUGGCUGACACUUGAGGAGCAUAAAGUUCUCCAAGCAACUCCUUUUGGCAAAGCAUUAGAAAUGUUGAAAAGCCUCAGAGAUGAAGACUUGAGAGCUUUCCAUCCGUCUGCCUCUGCUGACCACCAGACGAGAGAGCGUCACAAGAACGAACAGCAGACUGCAGAGCCACAGUGCAUGCGGGAGUCUCUUCAUGCAAAUAGCAUGUUGGCUCAAAUACUCAAAAAAGACCAAAGAAGGGAAAUGGCUGAUCAGAAUCCAGGUAAAUCGCAGCCUGAAGAGCCAACCCUGGCUGAAAGUGUUGAUGCUGUUGGAAGUGGAAGAACGUCCAGGACGGACGUAAUCUCUUCCUCUUCAAAGACUGACCAUGCGCUCCUUCCAGACCCAAAUGCUGGUGCACAAAACCUAAGGCCUCUAGAAGUGAAUCCUCCGAACUCAAAAGUUGAUCCUGUUGUUCCUUCAAGCUCCACUGUUGUAGGUGUCAGUCUGGAGCCCUGCAGCAGUUCUCUCCAGCCACACUACACAUCGUGUGUCUCUCAAAUUGAAGGAAGCCCUCGUCCUCUAGAGCUGAAUGCUCCUUUCUCAAAACAUAACCUUGUUGUUCCUUCAGGUCCCCCAAAUCGCAAUCUAAACACAUUUAGUGGUGAUCCUCUACAGCCAGGAUUCAAUCUGGGUGUCUCUCAGCUCAGACGAAACUCUGGUUCUCUUGAACUGAACAACUCAGUAACUGAUAUGAUUCCUUUAAGCUCUGUGAGUCUCGACCAAUUGGUCAGGAGUGUUCCUUCACUCAGAGAUAUAAUCUCUACGGAUGAAGAUUUCUGGAAAUUUGCUUCGAAGCUAAUCUCUAUGAUGAAGACUUGCAAUCAGCCAGCUUUAAAUACUGCUGAAAGUAGAGAGGGCAUGAAGAUGAGUCAUUCACUUGUUGUUCCUCAAGAAAAUGCUACAGUUCCCACUGCUGACCUCAGAGAGCCACACAGGCUACAUAUCGGUGUUCCUAAGGACAUCAAUGAGACUGGGAUCAAUCAGCUGCCCAUUAAUACCAUCAUAACUUCCAGGUCCACCCACAUUAAGCAGACUUUUAAAGGCCAAACUCGCACUGACGUGAGCAGAUGGCAACAGCCGCCGACACCGAGCCACACUGAGACCGUGGCGUCUCCAGAAGGCGUCAGCCCUUACAUCCAGCCUGCUCAUCUCCCACGUUUGCAUCCAGGUUCUGCUCCAACACAGAGCCCGCUUCCCCUCAAUGCUUUUAGCUUUCACCAGCAGUAUGUGUAUCCGAGCCAGAGCUACCUUCAGCCGGUAGUGAACCCCAUGAACAUGCCUUCAUUCGGUUACAGUUUAACAGGGCAGAGGCCUUUCAUUUGCACGAACAACAAUAUGCAAAUGUUUUACUGCUGCAGGAGGCCAGGAAGUGAGCAAUGACUUUAUCCAAUUUUUUUUUUUUUUUUAUGCUGACUAAUAUCUUCAGCUCAGUUUGGUGUUUUCUUUUCUGUCUAAUGUAAAUCUAACUUUAUGUUUUGAAGUCAGUGUUAUCUUGUUAAAAUAAAUGGGUGUUUAUCUUCUGAUCUAAGGCUACAAGUGAGUUCACUAUGAAGAGGUUUUACGACUUGAAGAUAGUUUUAAGCUACCUCGGUAUUUUUUGCAUGCAUUUUUUUUUUUUUAUAAACGGACACGUUUCUUGUUUGAUGCAUCUGUUCAAUGUCAAAUAUGUUUUAUUUCAUUGGUGUAUUUGAAUAAAAUGCAUGCUGUCUACUUUUUUAAAAAACA